AUGAACUAUUACGCCAUCCUGCACGAGAUCCGGUGUAAGGCCGUGGGUGUGAUUCAGCGGGCCUGGCGUGUCUGGAGCGCGCGGGCGGAGCUCCACCGGCGGCGCCAGGCGUUCUAUGCCCACAUUUACCGUUGUCAAACCGCCGCGGCACGGUGCAUCACGGGCUUCCUCCAUUCGAUCGUCUUGCGGAAACGACGCCUCGCGCAGCGUGUCGAGCGGGCGGACCUCGAACGGCGGCAACUCGCCAGCGUCCGCGUUCUCGAGCGCGUGGUUCGGCGUUGGCUGGUGUCCAAACACGCGCGGGAGCGGCUGCAUGCGCAGUUGGAGCUCCGGCGGGAUUCACGCCUGCGCGCGUGCGAGGUGGCCGCGUGGCGAAUCCAGCGGUGGUGGCCGUGGGCCCUCGAACAGCGGGCCGCUCGCCACCGGCACCGUGAGGAGGCCGCGGAGCGGCAUCGCGUAAAGGCCGCGGCCGCGCGGCUGGACCAGGCCGCGACGGCGAUCCAGCGGAUUGUGCGGGGGCGGAUUUGCCGGUGGAACGUCCAGCUCUACCGCAUCCAGCGCGUCGCCGAGGAGGCGGAGCGGCGGCAGCGCCUCGCGCAGGCCACCGACGUCCUUGUCAUCGUCCUGCGCGAAUUCGCGGCGCGGCGGGGGCGAGAGGAGGUCGAACGCGCCCGCGACGCCGCCGCGAGCGCCGCCGCGGCGGAACUCCUCCAGAGCAGCCUCCGCGCCGCGCUGGGGCAGCGCCGGGUGGGAGCCGUCCUUUCCUACACGCGGCGGCUGCGCGAUGCGGCCGCGCGGAUUCAGCGGGCUUGGUGGCGAUUCCGCGCCGUUCGCGAGCGGGUCCGCCUGCAGGAGCUCCAACGCGCCGCCUAUCAGGCGCGAAUCGCGUUGGAAAGUCGGCAGUACACCGCGGUGCUUUGUCUGCAGGGGUUUGCGCGGAUGGUGCUCGCGAAGUGCGCGGUGCAGAACCGACGCGUGGAGGUCGGGCGGUGUAUUUUGGCGGCUUUGGAUCUUCUCGCGCGGGUCGGCCGAGGCUACCUCGCCCGACGGGGGAUCGGACAACGACGGUGGGAGGAGGCCCGGGCGCGAGCGAUGGCGGAGGCCGAGCGGGUCUCCCGUCAAACCCACGCGGCGCACCUCACGCAGCGAUUUAUUCAAGCCCGACAGAGUCGAAUCCUGACGGAGCAGCGGCGCCGGUGGAAACUGAUGGAUACCCUUCAGCUGAAGGCUUUAGUGAGGGACGAGCUCCGGCGCGAGGCGGCCGCCGUGCGGAUUCAACACGCCAUCCGCCAUCUCUGGCGUCGACGGGCUGAUGAAAAGGCGUGGGAGGAGGCUGCCAAUGCGCGGAUGUGGGUGCUCCACCGUGUUGUUCAACUCCAGUCCUGGUGGAGAGCCUUCUUGGCCAAACAGGAAUACGCUUCCCGCCAUGCGCGGGUGAAUUGGCUCUGCCGAAAGCGUCUUGAACUUGAGGAUGUCCGUGUUCUUCUGGAGGAGGAGUUGAAAGAAAGAGCCUCCUAUUAUAUGUUUCAAUACCACGAGGGCGGGCGCAGAGGGGACUUGUCCAUUGCCCAUCAGCAACAUGACGUGAAUGAGAAUGUGGAGGAACUUGAGAAUUCUUGGGCGAAUAUUUACGAAGAUGAUGAGAUCAAGGUAUAG